AUGGAAUCGGAUGAUCAAAGUAAAUUGAUAGGUUGGUUUUUAAUGAAAAAUAUUUUUAAUAGUCAAUUUAAAUAAUUUCAGAUUUCAUCGAUAGCUACAGUACUUCUGAUCCGAUUCAAUAUUUUCAACAUUCUCCCACCAAAAAUCAUACCCUUGCUCGUUCUCAAAAUCAUGCAUUAUUUUGCAUUCUCGAUCAAAUGAAAAUCCCAAUCAGUUUGGAAUCAGAAAAUGUAUCGAAAUGGUUGAUCUACAAACAAUCAGCUGUUCAUCGACAUCAAAAAUUCUUUGGAAUGUUUCGAUUUUUGGCGAAAUUGGUGAAAAAAUAUAAUGAUACAACUAUUUUGAAAAAAUGGAAUGGCAUUUAUAAGGUUAGAAAAAAACUAUAGUGGUCUCAAUAAAUAAUUUUUUAUAGAGAUCAAGUAACUCUGGCGAUGAUAUGUAUCUUUUUGAAAACGACGCUUUGCGAUUUAUCGGUUGUGCAUAUUUACGUCGAAUAUUUCUUCUCGAUAAAAUUCGUGAAACUUGUUGUAAAUGUGCUGAAAAUGCACUCGGAAUGCUGGAAAUUGAUCAUUGGACAAAUUUGAUGCUUGUCAUUGUUGCGAUUUGUGGAGAAGUACUUUCAGAUUCUGUUGAACAAAUGAAAUCGAUUUUGAAAGCAUGGAAAUUUGUUGGAAAUGUCGUGAAAAAAGUUGAUUCGCGGUUAGUUUAAUUUUGCAGUUUUUAUGGAAUGAAGAAAACAUUUCAGGUUUCCGGAAACUCUUGAUAAUUUCGAAGUUGUUCAAAGAAUUUUAUCAUGUGGAAUUUCAUUGUCAACAGAAUCGGUUGAAUCAUCUUCAGAUUAUCAAUCGAUUAUUAAACUUCUGAAAUUCAGUAAAGAGAAAAUGGAAGAUGCACAAACCGAAAAUCAAAUUAUUGAAAUAAGGUAAAUUGGGUGAAGGGGAAAAUGAAAUAUUGCAUUUUUUGGAGUUAAAAUAGUUAUUAGUAUAAAGUUCCAGAAAUCUAAUUUUUUCAGUUCUCAAAAUUCAAUUUUUUUCAAAUUCUUAUUUCACAUCUUUGAGAUCAAUUCCUAUUUUUUCAGAAACAAAGUAUUGGAUGAUUUGAAAAUGGAAGAAGUCAAAAAGCUCACUGGUUCUUCGAAAAAUGAUUUGGGAGUUUCAAUUUCAAGAGAUGAAUUUUUGGGAUUAUCAAAUGGUUAGUCAUUUUAUUUUCAUAGAAAACUUCUACAAUCUAUUUUUUAAAGAUUCAGAAUCACCAUCAACAUCACAUUGUUCAAAUGAUACACUUUUAUCACCAACACUUUUCACUUCGAAAUCAACCAAAAAACAAAAAGCAAAAAAACGAAAAAAUCCAUCUUCUUCUUCUUUUGAUAAUAGUUUUCUACAAUCAACCCUAGGUUUACUCACAAAUAAUAAAAAAUCGAAAUAA